UUCACAUAGUCAUCAAUAAGGUGCUCCACAUCACAAUGAAGAAACAGCCCACAUUUAGAGUCGAGUAGUGAAGCGAAUACCGGGAACAACCCUCAAUUAAUCAUCCGACGAAUCCAACAGAAUUUCUCACAACCGAUAACGCGGAGGCAAUACAAUGCCGAGUCCGGAAUCUGGUCAAAGGAAUCCGUUUCAUGGCUAGACGAGAAAUUUUCACUGUUGUUAUCUUGAGAGCAGUGCCAGCCGGAAACUUGAGAGAAAAAUCAUGCUUUGGCCGGCCGCGCAAUCCUUAGCACAAAAAGUGCUUCACACAAACCCAUCUCUUAUAACAACUCGCGCCCCCAACCACCACGUGACAACAAGGAGGGAGGCUGGAGAAAAAGGGCUGGCAUCGACUCGGGCAGGUGCCAUCGAUUCCACAAGCGGCGAUUACAAGAUCAUGAUCAUCGUCUUCAACGCCAAAAUCAUGCCCUCAUUUUUGUAUAACACACAGCUCACGGAUUGUGGCCAGAUUUCUAAACAAGGUGUAUGCGCUGCGAGGUCCGCUCAGUACUCAUUGGGAUUGUUGUGCCUCGCACGCAUUGUGCGCACAUCCCGCAGAGGCCAAAAACGCGGCGGUGAUGAGUACCGUGCUGCUACGACCAAAUCGCCCCAUCACUGCACUGACUUGGUAGCUCCGAACACUUGUGUUUGGUAUUCCAGUUCGCAGCAAAUUGAUAACGGAACACAUCGCACGAUUCAAACCGGAUUGGUGCAAAUUCCUCCAGCCAAGGCGUUGGUUCGCUUUUACGACACCAGGGUGGCCAGAGGAUCGUAUUUGGAACCGCAAUCGGAUUGGGGGACGACUGUGCGCCCUAUCAGAGGACCGUUGGGGGAAGGGUAGUGGCAACAGUGAAGCUGACGACAUGAUGUUUUCCUCGACCAAGAACCUGCCCCAAUCGAACUGUCGCAACCGUGUAUUGGUCCAGAC